AUGAUGGGCGGUGAAGUGAUCGUCGAGAAGAACCCGGAGAGCAAAUUCUGCGUGGCGAGCAAGGAGCCGCUGUGCGACAGCGUCAUAUGGGAGCUGUUACAGAACUACUAUCAGAAGGCGGCCAUCAACGCAUGGAAGGAAAAUGUUGUGCCCUCCUUCGUGACUAGCAACAGCAAAAUCGCCAAAGACUACGCGCGAGUGAUAAUUAAUUACAUGAAGGACUGGUUCAACAGCAAAGAGUGUGACAGAAAUGUACCAAUAUACAUAUUAGAAAUAGGAGCAGGCCAUGGGAAAUUUACGUAUCUCAUUUUAAGAGCAUUAACCAAAUAUCAGAAAUACUUUAAGAGCAUGAACCUACCGGACAGGCCAUUCGUGUAUGUAUUUACAGACAUCGCAAAAGACAACAUCACGUAUUGCAUGAACAAUGGGAGGUUGAAGCGGUUCAUUAGCACGAGGGAGAGUUGUGAUCGAACGUUCACAAGUAAGAACAACUCUUAUUAUGACUCGGAGUUUGAAAAAAAUGAAGAAAUCAAUUACGACUCGUCGACAAACACAUCAAGCUAUUCCUCAUCGUAUAACGAUACGGAUUAUUCAGAAGAAGGGGUAAGAAAUUAUUCCAACUUUUCUAUGCUGGAUUUUGCGUACUUUGAUGGAAAUGAAACGGAAGAAAAAAUUUUUUUACAAGUGUCCAAAAGCUACAUUCCUGAAAAUACACCCAUAGUGCUAAUUUGCAACUAUGUGCUCGAUUCGCUGCUCACCGAUGCCUGGAUUGUUAAUGGAGAGGAAGACUUCAGGAGGGCCCUUCUUUCUGUGUACUCCCCUAAUGUAGAGGAAGAAAAAACGAAUGCGGAUAUUAUGCUACGUAUGUCUGUCACGUGGGAUUGGGAAAAGGUCAAUAUCGAUGAAGAAAUUAAGAAGCCCCAAACGGAGAAACCAUCCGAUUAUUUAAGAAAAUAUAAAGAAAUUUACACUGUGCUAAAGUUGUACUCCUAUUUUAAUCAACCAUUAUCUUUUGUCCUUCCAGUGGGAGCAUUUAUUUUAUUUGACAGGAUAUUAAAGUUGAGUGGAAAUAAAUUAUUGUGUCUUAUUGGUGAUAAGGGUUACCAAUCUUAUGAAGAAUUUAAGGGACAUAGAGAUCCACAUAUUGUAGUGCAUGGUAGUCUCUCCUUUAUGAUCGUCACUCUGUUGAUGCAUAAGAAGCAUUAUGAGGGGGGAGACUACGAAUCGGGGGUGGAAGAAGGAGUUUUUACAUCAGGGAGAAAUAGCCUCGGUGAUGAAUCGAACUUGACCUACUCCACCUUAACCGAGCGGAUGAGAAAGGAUAAGCGAGAGGGAAUUUAUCAGUUUAAUAUUAUUGACUAUUUUAAGAAAAAUUCCAAAGAUGGGAACCUGAGGAGGAGGUAUCAUAACCAAGUGAGCACGGCGUCGUCCUCCUGCAGGUUGAAGGGAACCGCUGGGGGGAGCAGAACGAAUCUGGGCAGGACAGAUUUGGGCAGAACGGAUCUUGGCAGAACGGAUCUGGGCAGUCGCCUAUCGGGCCGCUUCCCCCCGAACGACCAAAGUGUGUACAAAAAGAUGAAAAAAAUAAACUUAAAAAAUUUAAACAACAUGUCGAUAAAGUUCGGAGGAACCAUUUCGUCCUUCUUCGACAACAUGGAGCAAUUUCCACCCGAUGUCUUGAUCAACUGGCAAAAAGCAGUCAUCCAUAAUGUCAACAAUAACCCUACUAAUGUGAGCAUAAAGGAGCUCAUCUCCUUAUUGAGGUACUCGAAUCACGACUCGGAUGUUUUUUACAACAUAAGAAAUGUAUUCACCUCUUUGGUUAACUACCCCAAUAUCAAUGGGAGGACAGAGAAGGACAUCCUUCUGGACAUAAAAGAAUGUUAUGAUAAUUAUUACUCUUUGAAGACAGACGAAGACAUUGCCGAUGUGUGUGGUCAUGUAUGUAUGAAGUUUGGUGAAUUUGAGAAGGCGAUAUAUUAUAUGAAACAAAGUCUGCGCAAUUUUAAGCAGAGUCGACACUCCUCUACGUAUAUUAACAUUGCGUCAUGCUAUAAGGUACUCCGAAAUUAUUACAAAUCGAUUAAAUUCAUCAGAUGUGCGAUUAAGUUGUCCAAUCGGGAGGCUCGAAGGAGGGUUCCAUGUGGGGAGGCAGGAGAAGAUGGACACCAUCCACACGGAGAACACAGCGCACAUGGCGAACACAGCGCACAUGGAGGAUUCUCCCACAACAAUCUGAAUCAUGCACACGACCUUCUGUAUAACAUCCAAUUUUGCUUGAAUCCAAUUACCUACGCCAUCGUAGGGGUCAACCAUUUCGUGCAGAAUGAUGGUUUGUAUUACCUCUCCUUCGAAAAUCGAAUAAAACUAAAGUUCAUUUUUUUGCUUGCCAAGGAGGAGGAAGAAGUCCUACGCUUCAUGAACAGUAAGUACAAAAGUUCAGCCUAUGAGAAAAGCACUCGAAACAUGGACCUCUCCGAGAUUAUUAUUGUCAGAGUUUACAACGCGAAUGAGGUGAUCUCCAUGGAGGAGGUGGACACCACCCAACUGAGUGGUGGAAAAAAGGUGGAAGUAACUCAAUAUGGAGAUAACCAAGCGGAAGAGCAAAAUCGAUCCUACCAGAAUGUAGCCCAUUUGAAGAAGAACCUCCGAGAGUGCCUAUCCAAGUACAACUUCCAGUUCUGCGUAAUCGACGCCCCGUGGGCAAUAAAGGCAGACGUGACAGAGUUGAUGGUGGAUCACUCGAAGCACAUGUUCACCUAUGGUACCCUAUCUGACUGUAGUAAGCGCUCCAUGGAGGUGAUUUCAAAAUAUAAGCAAAUUUCUAAACAAAUCAGUUGGGUAAACAACAACUAUGUCCAUGACGAGUGUCUGUAUGAAGCGAGAGAUGCACUGAAUCACAUCAAGAGCGUCAUAUCCGUGACGGUUACUCAUUAUAGCAUGAAUUUGUACAAUAAGAAAAAUGGCUCCAUCCCCAGUGCGCACAUUUUGACAGAAGAUCUGUGCAUCAUUCUGAAUGCCCUGCAAGUGAUCUUGAACUUGAACGUGACGGGCUUGACAGCCAACUUUUUGAGGCGCCAGGGAGGGGACGCGGCGGGUAAAGAGGCGGCGAAGGAGGAGAGCCAAGGCGACAAGUUAGUAACAGGGGGGGAGAUGGAGAUGGAGAUGGUGAAGCAGAUGGAGGAGAAGGCGGAGAAGACCCACCUAGACGGAGACUACAUCUCCCUCUCAGGCAUACUAACCUUCCAACACCACAAAACAUUGCCGGACGAAAUGAACGUGCACGGGAACUACCUCCUAAUGAAUAACCGAAAUGAAGAGUUCUUAACAAAAAUUAAUUUCGUUGGGGUUCACGGGUCCUUGUGCUUAAAAAAAACGUUAUCCAAUUGGUCAGUCCAAGUGUUUAACCUGAAUAAUGCGAAGGUGUACGAGAAGUCGGGUCGCAUUUCAGCUAGCCAAAAUUCGAACGAUGUGUUCAUUAGUCAGUAUUUGAUAAAAACGGAUGGUAAGGAUAACCAGGUGAAGCAUUUUAACGAGUACGACUUGAAGGGUUCCUGCAAGGGUUCCAGUGAGUCCAUCGACUCGGACAUUGACAUCUUGGAGUUUUCUUCCGACGAGGAAUGGGGAUCCUACCCAAAGGGAUCUCCCCAAGUGGGGGCCUCUUCCGGAGCCAUCAUCGAUGAUGUGAAGAAAGAAUGCUGCGAUGAGGUUGAGUCUACGAAAGAGCACUAUGCAGCAGUGGCCGCGAGCAACAACCACGAUGAGCUAUCCCUUGAUAAAAAUUUGGACGUUCUGAAGGGCAUACCAGGAAGGAGGUUCCAUUCCACAGGAAAGGACGUAUACGAAAAUAUAAACUUGGACGAGUCCCUCGUCGACGUCUCGGUUAAUAACAACUGCUUUUACUCGAGGAUCGUUGAGGGGAUACAGAUGUCCCACAAGAAGGGGGGUGCGAUGGUUCACUUUAAGUACAUGGCGCCUUGA